AUGAGCCAAUCCACAUUUGACAUCCAGCCAGUGAACCGCUUCGUCGGUUCAAAUACUACUAUUCGACGACCGAAAGAAAUCACUUGUUUCUCCUAUGACAAUGAGCGUCGGUUCUCAUUAGGGGAAUCAUCCCUGUCGUACUACUAUCCGCCUAGUCUACCAGCUGAUCUGAAUCUUGGAUUUAACACCUUCCAAAAGCUCAAUGAUGCUGGUGAUGAGCAUCUAGAUGCCUUACUAGAUACGAUCACUGCCCUAGAGAAGGAUGCACAAAAGAAAUGCGAGGCUGACAUCGUCACUUGGCGUGGAAUGAUGACCAAGAUCUUGGCGGCUCCCUACGAUAUGAUGAAUGGCUUCGAGAUGAAUGCGACAUGCUUUCAGGGUACAAUCUUCAUCGAAGAGAACAACGCGUACAAGAAUGAACAGAAAGAAAUUCAGAAAAAUCAAAGAAUGCCACCGGGCAUGGCAUCACAGGAAAUGAUGAUGUAUUGGGGUUAUAAAUUCGAGGUCUUGUCUGUUCUUCCCAAGCCAUGGGAUCCCAUGACCCGUGCAGAAAUUGAAGCACGGCCAAAUCAAGUUGUCAAUAACAGUGCGCAGUAUUGUUCGGUGGUCAAAACCGGAAUUGGCAACACACGCAUGAUCCUUGGGGGUGAAGUCGAUGCCGUAUGGGACUGCAAACCAGAGAGGGAGGAGGAUCCUAUCCACUGGGUCGAGCUGAAGACAUCGGCCGAGAUUCGCAACGACCGCGAUAUGCUCAAAUACGAGCGAAAGUUGUUGAAAUUUUGGGCACAAUCCUUCUUGCUCGGUGUACCUACAAUCAUCGUCGGCUUUCGAGAUCAGCACGGCAUCGUGCAUCGUUUGGAAGAGCUCGAUACAGCCAGUAUUCCUGGCAAGGUUAAGAAAAUCGGGAGAGGUUCCUGGGAUGGGAACAUCUGUAUCAACUUUGCUGCUGCAUUCUUGGACUGGCUCAAGCAGACUAUUCAGCAGGAUGGAGUUUGGAAGAUUCGGAAACGGGAGAAGUCCCCGGUCAUUGAGGUGAUCAAGGUUGAAGAGUCAGGGCAUGGCGGCAUACUUUCACCAGCAUUCACAGAAUGGCGAUCGACCAUGUAA